AUGGAAUCCUUCGCCGCCAAGAUUAUUGCUAUUACGGGGGGCGCCUCCGGUAUUGGCGCCGCGACCUGUCGACUGCUGGCCAAGCGCGGAGCCGCCGUCAUCUGCGUUGGCGAUGCCUGCAGCACCAACUUUGACUCUCUGCACGAGGCCGUUGCGGGAGUCAACCCGGCCACCCUGCUCCAAUGCACCGUACUCGAUGUCACCUCGUCGGACCAAGUCGACCAGUGGCUCAGGGACAUCGUCUCCGCCCACGGCGACCUGCACGGGGCCGCCAACAUUGCCGGUGUUGCCCAGGGGGCCGGCCUGCGCGCGACGCCAACCAUCCUCGGAGAGACGGAUGCAGAUUGGAGCCGCGUCCUCAAGGUCAACCUGGACUGCGUCUUCUACUGCACGCGCGCCCAGGUCGGGGCAAUGAAGGACUUGCCCGGCGGCGCCCGCCGCAGCAUCGUCAACGUGGCCAGCAUCGCCGCCUUCUCUCACGUGCCCGACGUCUACGCCUACAGCACGUCCAAGCAGGCGUGUGCGCACUUUACUGCAUGCGUCGCUGCCGAUGUCGUCAGAAUAGGCAUCCGGGUCAACUGCGUCUCGCCAGGAAUCACAAACACGCCCCUGCUGCCGCAGUUUGAGCCCAACGCCAAGUCGCUCGACGAGAUCCGGGAUCUGUACGCCCGCCAGGGGCUUUCCAUGUGCGGAGCCGACGAAGUGGCCCGGACGAUUGUGUGGUUGCUCAGCCAAGAUUCCCACCCGGUCUACGGAGCCAACAUCAACGUGGGAGCCGGCGUUCCCUAG